CAAGUUAAUUAGAUCAAAAGAAAUCUUAAAUCUGUACUUUAUUUUAUAAAGAUAUAUCUUUUUGCAUUAUUUAUUUAAUUUAAGCCUAAUGUGUGGAAUUAAAGGUGCUGUGGAAUAAAAAAAAAUUAUUAAAUUAAAACAGAGUGGGUGGAUCGACAUAAGUUAGAAUGUCAACAGCACCAGUCAGCAUUAAGUUCAAAUGGGGUCUGAGUGCGUCAGACCCUGAACAGAAACCAGUGUUUUUCGUAGGGCUCAGUACCCACCUUUCUGCACUCAGCUGGCAGGAUGUUCGGAGCAAACUUGAGCCAAGAGUUACUGAAGAGGUAUGGCGUAGAGGUUUAAGUGUAGCUUCACCGGGUGAAAUUUGUGAGUUAUGGCCACGUGGAGCAGCAAUUGGACUCCUCCCCCCGCGACGCUCACGACACGCCGCGCCCUCGCGCUCGCAUGCCCUCUCCAAACUGAUCCGUACUGCAAUUCGGUCUACUGGUGAUGAAUUUGUUGUGCUGGUGUGCCGCAAGCGCGACGUGCUGGCGAGCGCCGUGGCCAUCGCGCGCGCCGUGCCGCUGUACAGCGCGCGCUCGGGGCCGGGCGCGCUGCCCGUCAGCCCCGCGCCCGCCCCCGCGCCCGCCCCCGCGCCCGCGCGCCGCUCGCUCACCGUCGAGAUACACAUCGUGCAGCACGAUGGAGACUCUGAUGAAGAUGAAGACAUUGGUCCUCUUGACCCAGUGCUGCUGGAGACCACCCUGUCCAGUGAGGAACUGAGUACAAUACAGGAUGUGGCUGAUGCGACUCGACUUGCUGCUCGUAUCACGGACACGCCGGCUAAUAUCAUGGAUGUUGAUGCUUUCAUAGAGGAAGCCUGCAAAGUCGCAAAGGAUUUGGACAUAGCAGAGCCAACUAUCAUCCGAGGCGAGGAACUGAAGGAGCGCGGGAUGGGUGGACUGUACGGCGUGGGCAAGGCCGCCGCCUGCCCCCCCGCGCUGGUGGUGCUGUCCUACGUGGCACCCGCGGCCACCGAGACCGUCGCGUGGGUCGGCAAGGGCAUCGUGUACGACACCGGCGGUCUGAGCAUCAAGGCCAGGACGGCCAUGGUGGGCAUGAAGGGCGACUGCGGCGGCGCGGCGGGCGUGCUGGGCGCGUUCGCGGCGGCGGUGCGCGCGCGGCCGCGGGCGGCGCUGCACGCCGUGCUGUGCGUGGCCGAGAACGCCGUGGGCCCGCGCGCCGCGCGCCCCGACGACGUGCUGCGCCUGUACUCGGGCCGCAGCGUCGAGGUCAACAACACGGACGCCGAGGGUCGCCUGGUGCUCAGUGACGGUGUAGUGUACGCGCAGAGAGACCUGAAGGCUGACACCAUAGUCGAUGUAGCGACCCUCACUGGAGCUCAGGGCACGGCGACCGGCAAGUACCACGCGGCGGUGGUGAGCAACGCGAGGCGCCUGGAGCAGCGCUGCGUGCGCGCCGGGCUGCUGGCCGGGGACCUGGCGCACGCGCUGCCCUUCGCGCCUGAGCUGCACUUCUCCGAGUUCAGCAGCGCCGUCGCCGACAUGAAGAACAGUGUCGCGGACCGCAACAACGCCCAGCCGUCGUGCGCGGCGCUGUUCGUGCUGGCGCACCUCGGGUUCGACUUCCCCGGCCAGUGGCUGCACGUCGAUAUGGCGGCGCCUGCGCACUGUGGUGAACGUGCAACUGGGUAUGGUGUGGCUCUCCUCACCGUUCUCUUCGGGUCAAUGACCCACAGUCGCUUACUGCAAGCUCUCAGUCCGGCCAACUGACGAAAGUACAAGCUCACCACCUACCAAGUGCCCGGCUUAUAGUACACUAGGCUGUUAGGAUGGUAUUAUGAAGUAAUGAGCAAUAUGAAAUAUUUCUAAGUAAGGUGGAAUAAAAAUCAAUUGAGCAUAAUAUAUGUAUUAACAUAUUUUUUUUACAGUUUUUUGAAAAGAUUUUGCUACUUUCAACAAUACUUGAUAACUAACCUUAACUCUUGGUCUGUGGCAUUGCCUGUGCCAAAAGCAGCCCGAGAAUUAUAAAAAAAAAUAUAGUAUAUUGUGUUCAUAUAAAUAGUUAUCUAGUUAGGCAAGUACAAUAAAUCAUGAUUUGAAAGUUUUGUAAAGAAUUACUAGUAAAGUCUCACUUUGUUGUUUGUAAAAGAACUUAUAUGUAUAUCCCAGUAAUGUAAAGCUGUGAAGUAAAAUCUAUUCUAGUUGUAUGCUAAAAAAUUAUUAUCUUUUUGAUAAUGAGUAUUUCUUUCAUCUGACUAUGUUAUCUCUUGUCUUCUUCUUCUUGUGCCUCUCCACUACUGGAGGCCGUCAGCUCAGCGAAUUUUUCGCGAUCUCGCGCCAAACGAAAUAGUUUUUCCACGCUGGCGAUCUUUGUGCAUUCACGGAUGUUGCGCAACCAGGACUUUUUUCUUCUUCCAGCGCGUCGUUUGCCCCCUACUUUGCCCAUCAUUAUAAUUUGGAGCAGUUGGUAUCGUUAGCGUCUCAAGACGUGGCCCAAAUACUCGGUUUUUCUCUUCUUGACGGUUUGCAGUAACUUCCGGCUACUGGCGACGCGCUGGAGUACUCUCACGUUCGAAACUUUCUGUGUCCAGCUAAUACGGAGCAUUCUGCGGAGCAUUAUCUCUUGUAACAAAGUAUUUUUAUACUUUUGAGAUAAUAUUAAUUAAUUAAAUUAAUUAAAUAUUAGUUUAAAAUAACAGGGCUUCACCCUUAAAAAUAUAUUAAACUCAACCACAGUGCCGAACUCUAGUAGAUAGAUUCAAUGAUCUAGCUUUGAAAGCGUAACAGACAAACACAUUUAUGAACAUACGCGUUCAUACUGUUAGUAUAGAAUAAAAUAACACUUGCAUAGCUCUGGGAUAUUACUUACAGACAAGAAUGUAAGCUUUUUUUUUUAAAAAAUUAAUUUAAUCUUUCUUCAUUGUUUAAAAUAUUUUAUACAUGUAAUCAUUUUAUGAGCUAAGUAAUAAGUGCUUGCUGGUGAAUCUGAUCAUUAUAGUACAUAGAUUAAAUACAGUUUUAGUUGACAGAUUAAAAAUGCCAUAGCUGAUAUAGAUAAUAGAUUAAAAUAAUAAUUUAAAAAUCCCGACUACGGAGUACAUAUUGUGUAAUAAUAUAAAACAUGCCUUAAAUAUUAGAACCAUAAAUAGACAUAUUAGUAUUGUUUAUUUAAUAUACAAGUAGUAUGUGCUAUCUAAGCCAGUCAGAAGUCAGUCACGAGUAAUUGAUUAUUGUAAUUUUUUACUUUUUUACAUACACAAAAGCCUUGGAGAACCAACUUCAGAGUGCCUAGUGCGAGUUUUUUUUUUACUUAUUUGAUAUUGUUGACGUUAAUUGCGAUUCGUAUAAAAUGAAAACAGCGCCGUCUAGUGAAAAUAAUCAUAAUCGAAAACUGAAUAAGUAAAAAAAAAAACUCGCCCUAGUCACACUGACCGGCCAAUUUAGAUUGCGCGUAUUUUAUAAA